UGCUUUUAAUGCCAGCUUCACUGUACCCUACUAUUCAGUAAUCAGUUGUGCUUUGUUUAUUUUGUACAUUUAUAUUCUUUCCCUAAUAAACUUUAACUUUCUGCUGAACUGGAAGUAUUCAAAGCUUCCUAAUCAUUUGCUGCACUCAUUUAAUUGGCGGCAAAAGUCACGUUAAAUUGAAAGUUUUGUAUUUUAUUAAUUGCUUAUAAGGACUGACUGGACUGCCCACUGAAUAUUCGUAUCUAGUACAAUAAUAAUUUUGACAAGUAUUUUAUUAUGGACAGAUUUGAAUAUGCAGAUUCAAAAUUGUCACCUGGUGAAAUUGAAAAUGUUGAAGAAAGAGGCGUUAAACUAUAUGAUGGCGAUCAUAAGACAUCCUUUGAGAGAGGCGAUGUUGUCGUGACCAGCCACAGGUUAUUGUGGGGUCAAGCAGGAGACAUUGCUCAAGGUUUGACGUGUUUGUCACUGUCUCUCAAACUGAUUGUUUUCGUUGAGGAAGAAUCAUCUAGUGGAUUUGGAUUUUCAAAAUCAAAGAAAGUGGUACUACAUUUGACAGAAGCUCCUAAAGAUAAAAAUUUAGGUCCAGUAAUCAAGAGUCUUUACGAUUAUGUAAAAUUAUCAUUUAAAGAAGGACUUCGAGAAGACUUCGUACAGAUAUUACAAGAUAAUAUUCAGAAGAAAAGAUGGGAGCAAAAUCCAGUGCAACCUCAGAGCCAAGUUGGAGUGCAAAAUAGGACAAUAAAGCUGCGGACUGGAAUUGUUGGAAUUGAAAGAAGUAUCCAAGAAAAACACAAGGCCACUGAUAAGAGUAUCUCGGCAGCAUUCCAGGACCUGAGCAAGCUGAUGACGAUGGCCAAAGAUAUGGUGCAACUGUCUAAGAACAUUUCGGAUAAAAUUAGGCUCAAGCAUGGCUGUUACGGUUCUGGAUUGUGGCUGAUAGAGGGAUUGGCACCCUCCUAA